AUGAGACGACCCUCCAACCAACUGAGCCACGCCAGCCAGGGCUAGGUACAUGUAUAAGUUGGGGUCAUACUAUGUACAGUGUUAUGUCCCCCAUUACACUUUUGGCAAAUACCAUGCAUGCAACAGGUGCACAUGAAAAGCUUAAAGAACCGAGUGUGCGCUCGGUCCAUCACCAGCAGGCUAGGGAGGGAUCGUAUCGCUCCCCCUCGCGCACCCCUCCGUCCGUCCCUUCCGCAGCCGCGUGCGGGAAGGACCCCUUCUCACUGUCCGUCCGUCUCCCCGUUGGCCUCACGCAGGAGCAGCAUGCCCGCCCUGGCCAACCUGACGCAGACCCUGGAGGACGCCUUCCGGAGGGUCCUCGUGGGGUACAUGGACGCGUGGCGCCGGAACACGACCGCCCAGCAGGAGGCGCUGCAGGCCCGGGUGGACGCUGAGAACUUCUACUACGUCAUCCUGUACCUCAUGGUGAUGAUCGGCAUGUUCUCCUUCAUCGUGGUGGCCAUCCUGGUGAGCACGGUGAAGUCCAAGCGGCAGGAGCACUCCAACGACCCCUACCACCAGUACAUCGUGGACGACUGGAAGCAAAAGUACAAGAGCCAGAUCCUGAGCCUGGAGGAGGCCAGGGCCACCGUGCACCAGAACCUCGGCGCUGCGGGCUUCAAAAUGUCCCCGUGAGCCUGGCCGGCGGGGGUCGGCGGAGAGAGCCUCGGCCUGCGGACCCAAGGGUUCGAUUC